AUGAAUGCCUUGAAGGAUGCUGCGACCGUAAACGAAGACGACGCCAAUUUACUCGUGCUGAUCAUUGAUACAAAUCCAUUGAUUUGGACAAGAUUAGCAAAAUCAACAGGUCUAUCGUUAAAGGAGGCUUUACAGCAUCUUAUGGUAUUUAUCAACGCUCAUUUAGCAUUAAAGCAUGAUAAUGAAGUAGCUGUCAUUGCAAGUCAUGUUGAUGUCAGACUAUCUGAAGAUACAGAUCAGACGAUAAAUUCUAAUAUGUAUCAAAGGUUCAAAGUUGUAAAUGACCAAGUGAUAAAUAAUAUGAAAGAAUUGUUCGAGGAUUUAUCCAAAUUAAAUUCUUAUCCAGAGAAAGCAAGUUCGAUGAUCGCGGGAGCUUUAUCCAUGUCUCUUUGUUAUAUAAAUCGAAUCAUGAGAGCAGACGAGAUUGGUCAUAUAAAACCUCGAAUUUUCAUCACGUCUGUUUCACCGGAUUCACCUUAUCAAUACAUAUCCAUAAUGAACUGUAUUUUCUCGGCACAAAAAUUGGGAAUACCAAUUGAUGUUUGCAAAGUGCAUGGAGAGGAUGCUGUAUUUCUACAGCAAGCAGCUCAUAUAACUGGUGGGAGAUAUCUUAAACUACCAAUUCCACAAGGGUUCUUACAAUUUUUAAUGAUAACUUUUCUUCCGGAUCGAUUUACGAGAAAUUAUCAAUGUUUACCCGGAGAAGAAAAGGUCGAUUUCGGUGCUGCUUGUUUUUGCCAUAAAAGAAUCAUAGAUAUUGGAUAUGUUUGUUCUGUAUGUUUAUCAACUUCUGUCAAUGAAGGUGGUUUGAGGGUAGUCAAUGGAAUUAAAAAGCUUGACAAAUCAAAGGGCCGUGAAAGUGGAGGGAGCACUUAA